UGGAUCUGCUGGGGCGGGCAGGGCGGCUGGGCGAUGCCGAUGAUCUGAUCGACAGCAUGCCCUUCGUGCCGGACGAGACCGCCUGGAAAUCGCUCCUCAGCGCUUACAAUCUAAUCCCAGAUGGAUCGCACAGGGCCAGCAAACGUGCCGGGGAUGUGGAUCCACUGAGCGCCGCCUCUCACGCGUUGCUAGCAAAUCUCAACUCAUACCAGGUGUCAAGAACCCUAAAAACAGAGCUUUAGUUUUUUAGGGUUCUUGGCGAUGAGGGUCUCUCGGCGCGGCGUCCUCGCCUUGGCCGUGCUCGGGGUUUUUGUGUCGUCCCUGUGCGCGCAGUUGGAGAUUACCGUGAUAGAAGAUGACGAUCGUGCUGAUGGUGACGACGCCGCGCUCGUGAUUUCGCAGCAGCAGAGGGAGAUGCUUCAAGUAGCGCUUGCGGAUUUGCCGCUCGGCGAGGACGAGGAAGAGGAGGCUUUCCAGCUCUUGAAGCCAGCGGCGGGGCACGACAGGCUCGAGGUAAACGAAGUAGUUCUUGAAAAGCUGGCCGCCAUCAAAGAGCCAGUUUCGCUGGUUUCCAUCGUCGGGCCUUACCACAGUGGAAAAUCUUUCCUUCUCAAUGUUUUGAUGAACUCCACGCGUGGAUUCACUGUCGGUGCCAAGCCAGACCCUGAGACGAGGGGUGUCUGGAUACGAAUCUUGCCGAAGGAGAAGCUCCGCGGCGUGGAUGGUUCUCGCGUCGUUCUCCUGGACACCGAAGGUUUCUACGGCGAUGGCGCCUCCAGGCUCUACGAUGCUAGGAUUUUCGCUGUUUCGACACUGAUAAGUUCUCAUCUUGUUUACAACACUCUGCGAACAAUUGGUGACGCUCAGUCAGUGAGUUCUCUUGCCGACUUGUCCAAGCAGGCACAGGUGUUUAACUUACAGAAUUGGCUUCACACCGCUCACGCAACAGCUGAGACAACUAGUUCGAUAGAUGUUGACCCAUUUUUGCUUUUGGAGACACUUAAGUUCCCCCCGCUGACAUGGGUAGUUCAAGGAUUCGACAUGGACCUGAAUCCCGCGACCUCGCCGGUCAAGUAUCUCCAGAAGUUCAUCGCAGCGCAUGCUCAGACAGGAGACAUGACUCUAGACACACUCUUCAGUCAGGGAAUUUCGUGCUACACAUUGAGGACUCCGACCGAUAUGAAUUCUCUCCGUGAUCAAGUCGGUGGCGAAGGAUUAGCUGCAGAUACAGAGCUUUUCGACGCCUUGCAUCCAAAAUACGUUUCGGACCUUGACAGCCUACGCCAGGGUGUUUUCGGAGAUCUCAAGGCUAAAGGGGAUGGAAACUUUACUGGACGUAAUGUCGCCCGGCUGAUCCCACUCCUGGUGCAUUAUGUCAACGAGGAUUUCCCUCUCAAUGCGGAUAGGAAACUGAGAGAUGUCUUGGCUGACAUAAUUGCGGAGGGCUCUUUCUCUGGCGGUGUUCAGUACUUCCAGCUAUCGAUGGAAGCAUUCUCGAAAGCGUCAAAGCAGAAGAUGAAGGGAAAGCUUCCUGCAUCAGAAAUGCCGGAUUCAGAUGCUGCGCUGAAGUCUCUUGCCGCAUCAGCUCUUACAACUGAAGAACUCGAACGAGUUUUGACCUUCACUGAACGAAAAUCCAUUGACUAUUGCAAGCGGCGCUGCGUCGGAGUGCCGGAGGAGCUUGCCAAACCAAUUUGCGAAACUCAACUCGCAAUUAAGAUUGAGCGUAUGAAGACCCAGUACAGGGAGGAGAAUGACCGCAAGGUUAAAGAAGUACUAGUUCUCUUGGGAGAACGUCUGCGUGCGUCUGCUGUGAAGCAAAUUGAAGGACUCGUACUGCCUAUGCUAGAAUCCGAGAUUGGAGCUCAGUGCACUCGAGCAGAAAAAAAUGUCACGCGAAGGUAUGAUUCUUUGGCUGGACCACAUAAAGGCAGUCACCUGUACACUGAGGCAAAGAACCAAAUGCAAGAAGACAUUCAGCUUAAAUGUGAUCGCGUGAAACGCCUGAACGAGGAGAAGAUCUCAGGAAUCCUUAAAAAUGCUGAAAAGACUUGUCGACAGGCCUACGAGUCAUCUAUUCGAGCUGGUGGAUUUACCGGAGAGACGGGCCAGAAACCUUUCUCCGUGAAGAAGCUUCAGGAUCUCAACCUCGCAGCUGUGGCUUCCGGAAAAUCAGCGUAUGCAAAUGCCGUGAAAAGUGAGAGCACCUGGAUUGGUCACUUAUAUCAGCCGUACCGGUAUCACGAAUACGAGUGUGUAGAGUACUGUUCCAAGCAACGUUACUCGGAACUUCAGGCACAAAACGAGCUCAAUGUCAAGGCUUUCUGUGAUGUUCUCGAGACACAGUUAGAAAAGCGUUACAAGGAUGAAGUAAACCGUUUCGCACCAUUUCCUGACAACGACGAAACCAUCACGGCAAAGGCUGAAACACUUGGGAAACAAUUGCUGCAAGAGUACACAUCCGCCGUUAAAGACUUUGCGUCGGUUCCAACCGUGGACGAGAAGAGGAAGGAGCUGUCUUACAGAAUUGGCGAGGCCCGUGACCACCUCCUCAAGAAGAACACGGCUCUCAUGGCCGCCUUCUGCUACGAUCCUCUAAUGGACGCUUACAAAGAGCUCCGGAUGCAGGACUGUGAGAGUGGCAACAUGUUCAAGUCGUGGUCCUUCUGGUCGGCUAAGUGCCUCUGGCCGGGCCCCCGUUACGUCUUUGGCUUCAAGCACGCUGCUCACUCCGUGGCACGAAAGCACCUAGACAUGGCCGAGUCCUCCGGCGGCUCGGACUCAACCAAAGGCGUGGUUCUCAGCCCAGGAACUCGCAACAAAGUGAUCCAGGCCUGGAUAGAGCACGACUUGGCUCCGGCAUCCAACGUCGUCACGUUUAACUUCGCGGUUCUCAGCGCAUUCGUCGUGGGUACCAUGGGAUUCGUCUACUUCUUGCUGCGGUUUAGCUUCGGUGGUAGCGGUGGUGGCCACCGUGGUGACCGUGGCGGCGGCUACAAAGCCAUGGAUGGUGUCCAGUGGUCACACUACGAGACGAGGAAGAGUUCACCGAACGUUCACUAUAGGCGGUACUGAUUUGAGAUUAGCACUGACUUUCCAUUUGUGUACAGGCUUUUUGUAUAGAGUAAUUUAAUCGAUUUGGAGUUUAAGCUGUA